CACACAGGACUCAGCUUGUUACUCGACACCACACCCUUGCUGGUGUUCAGUCUGACACAUUCCUUGCAGACACGCAGAGAGAACGGAUGAGACAUAGGAACAGACCAUGGCAGAUAAGGACCUACUAACCGAUGACCAGAGACCGGACGUGUCCCCUGGCUCUUUGCUCUCAGUCCAGAGUGGUGCCAUGGAUCCCCCUGUAGAAUAUCAGGCAGUGCUACAGGAUGGCACGCUCUCACUGGUCCCCCUCGACAGUCCCGCUACUGGAGACGGGGUGGUUCAGCCGUACCCUCGCUCCCCAAAGCUGCUCCGCAAGGUGGCUGCAUCCAGACAUCUCUCUGAGGAGCAGCUGUCCAGGCGCCUGGAGGAACUGCAGUCAGAAAGAACCAGAACUAAGGCCCACAUUCAAUCUCUGAAGAAACGCAAGGCUGAUCUCUCUAGGAGCACAGAGGUGAUGAAGCACCAGGUGAGGGAGAGGGUCGAGGGCAUGAGGGCUGCCCUGCAGAGAGACCAGCAGGCCAUGGUGGACUCUCUGGAGCUGGACCGCAUAGAGACCAGCGCCAGACUAGACCAUGUCCUGAAGGGCUGGGACCAGCACCUAGGACUGGUCCAGAGGAGCAUCACCACUACCCAGAAAUCCCUGGGGCAGACUUGGACAGGGGGCGAUAAACAGAAUCUUCCUGACAAUCUCAGCCAUAAGAAGCCAGAUGCUUCCGAAGCAGAGAUCCGGCUGAACGAAGAGAGGUUUGAGAAGCUUCUGAAAACCCUACGCUCCUUCUACAAGGACCUGAAGGCCCAGCUUCAGAGGAAGACACUGUUGCUGGGUAACAAACCGUUAUGUCUGCUUAUCCACCUAGCCACAGAGGCUGUGAUCAAAUCUCUACAUGAUUCUUUCCCAGUGAUGAUGGACAGGCAGACCUGCCAUAGCAAGAUCACAGUGACGGGAGAAGGACGAGGCAUGUGCUUCUCUGACUUCGCCCAGUCUUCUCCAGAGCACCCUCUCCAGUUCGACAAGGUCUGCUGUGCCCUGGGCUCUGUCGCCGUGACAACGGGCCAACGCUACUGGGAGGCCGACGUCCGCUGCUGCUCCGCCUGGGCUGUGGGCGUGGCCUACGGCUGCCUGGACAGGAAGGGGCGGGACAAAGGCGCCAAGCUGGGGCGGAACAGAAACUCGUGGUGUGUGGAGCUCAGGCAUGGCCGUCUCUCCGCCUGGCACAACGACAGGCACGUGUCGUGCUCCGCAAGCGGGCGAGGGGUGCCAGGUAGGGUGGGCGUGUGGGUGCACUACGAGAAGGGAAAGCUGGCGUUCUACGAUGCCGAGACUAUGAAGGUCCUGCAGGAGUUCUCUGCAGCCCUGACGACCGUGUUUGACAGGGUGCAUCAUCAGUUCACUGAGCCCCUGUACCCUGCGUUCUGCUUCCUAAGACCAUCAGAGGGACAGGUGUGGCCCAGCCAUAUGGAGAUACGGGACUUCAACACUCCCAUAGCGAUCCAUAAAUGUCAAUAAGCAUGGUUCGAUACGCACAGUCAUGUACUAUUCAAAGUGUGUGCUCUACUCUCAAUUCAUUUCUAUGCCUGUUUUGUUCACUCAUAGCAAAUGUUCAUCUGAGCAAUGCAUUGUGUGACCUUAUCAAAUAAAACUGACUUGAAGUUUA